UGCGUUGCUGAGUGAGAACGAGAUGCUUCAAGGGGAAACUGCACAGUCAGGAGGAAGACUUCAGGCUACAGAACAGCACGCUGAUGACCGAACUCUCCAAGCUGUGUACGCAGAUCGAGGAGCUGGAACAGGAGAACCAGGGUCUGAAGGAAGGAGGAGCCACGUCUGCCUCCAGCGCACCACCCAACCCCACAUCCAGUCCUGUCGAUGGAGAGAUGCUCCGCCUCCAGGCCGAAAACUCCACCCUCCAGAAGCAAAUGAAAGCCCUCCAGGAGCGCUACGACAAGGAGCUCCAGAAACAGGCGGUCGCCCAGGGCAACCAGAGCGCUACCACGGAGACAGACGGCUCAGCCGGCGCCAACGGAGUCUCUGAUGUCACAGGGAGAGGGGAGGAGCCGGCCGCAGAGGGAACCAAUGAGAGGCUGGAACAGACCGAGGCUCAGCUGGAAAACACCGAGAAACAGCUGCAUGGCCUGUCAGAGAAGAGCGUAGAGAAGAUUGUAGCUAAGCAGGCAGCGCUAGGCUGGUCGGCUGCUCUCUGUCCAAUAACUCACUGCUUUGGACCAGAGCUGGAGAUGGCCCUGAACACGGAGCAGGAGGAGAAGAGGCUGCUGAGGGAGCAGAUCCUCAACCUGGAGGGCGUGAGGAUAGCCCCCCCGGAGAGUAAUGUUACCGUGGAGGAGGUGCUGUUGGCGGUUGGUGAACAGGUUUCCCCUUUAUCGGUUCCCUCCACGCGGAUUACCGUAUCUGGUGUUCCUCCGUUCAUACCCGACGAGUUGUUGGGGAAUGAACUUCAGAGGUUUGGAAAGUUUGCGAGUGGAUUUAAAACGGUGACUUUAGGAUGCAAGGAUCCCAAACUGCGACAUGUGCAGUCUCUGAGGCGGCAGGUGUUCAUGUUCCUGGACUCGCCCACACAGACGCUGGAGGUGUCCUUCAGAGUGAAGCAUGGUCAAGGCUCUUACAUGGUGUAUGCAAGCUCUGGACAGUUGAAAUGUUUUGAGUGUGGGGAUGUGGGACACAAGCGUUUUGCAUGUCCACACAGACAGCAGGCGCCGACUGCUGGCGAGGCUGCGGCGCCUGAAACCCCGGCCGCGGAUGAGGCUGGCGGCCCGGGGGCGGAUGAUGUUGCGCCCGUGACGGGUCCGAUGUAG